GCCUGCACUCCAUCCGCCUCCACCAGCCACUACAAACCCUAGCGCGCCGCCGCCGCCGCCUCACAGGUAAGGCCGCGAUGGUGUCCGGCUCCGGCGUCUGCGCCAAGCGCAUCGUGGUGGACGCGCGCCACCACAUGCUCGGCCGCCUGUCCUCGAUCAUCGCCAAGGAGCUCCUCAACGGCCAGAAGGUCGUGGUGGUCCGCUGCGAGGAGAUCUGCUUGUCCGGCGGCCUCGUCCGCCAGAAGAUGAAGUACCUCCGCUUCCUCCGCAAGAGGAUGAACACCAAGCCGUCUCACGGGCCCAUCCACUUCCGCUCCCCCGCCAAGAUUCUCUGGCGCACCAUCCGCGGGAUGAUUCCGCACAAGACCAAGAGGGGAGAGGCUGCGCUGGCGAGGCUCAAGACGUACGAGGGUGUCCCGCCGCCGUACGACAGGACCAAGCGCAUGGUCAUCCCUGACGCGCUCAAGGUUCUGAGGCUGCAGCCUGGGCACAAGUACUGCCUUCUCGGGGAGCUCUCCAAGGAGGUCGGAUGGAACUACCACGACACCAUCAGGGAGCUUGAGGAGAAGAGGAAGGAGAAGGCCAAGGUUGCCUAUGAGAGGAGGAAGCAACUGGCUAAGCUCCGUGUCAAGGCUGAGAAGACUGCUGAGGAGAAGCUGGGAUCUCAGCUGGAGAUUCUUGCCCCGAUCAAGUACUGAGAAGCUGUGCUUUCGUGUUAUCAGUUUUGUGGAACAUCUGGCCCCUUAUUUUAAGUAGUUUGGUAAAACUGUGACAGUAUAAUCUUUGAGUGGUAAACCGAGUUAUCCAUCAGCUUCUGCGAAUGUUAUUUGAAACAUUUCUAGUCGGUGAAUGAACCCGUUUCGUUUGUCAAA